UUGUGUGACGGUGACGUUUUCCUACUUUUUAUGGUUCUUUCAGUCCCUAGUGAUUUCACCCUCCGACAACAGAUCAGAGAAUCAUGGGGAUCCCUCGCUUCACGGGAUCGUGGUAUCCGUUUAGCAUUCAUACUUGCCCAAUCAGAAUCGAAAACGUUCAAGGAAAAAAUCGCAGAAGAGAGUAAAACUCAUCAUGACAUUAUACAGAAAGAUUUCAUAGAUUCGUACAGAAAUCUAACUUUAAAAUCAGAGUCCAUCUUACAUUUCGCAGCUUUUUAUUGUCAAAAUGCUCAAUUUAUUGUUAAAACCGAUUCGGACAUAUUUGUAAAUGUGCCGUUGUUAUUAGAUAUCUUAAAUGAUUUCAAAGAAGGAGCGGAUAUUUUAGGAUAUACAAAAAGAGUACGCUUGCCAUUUCGGGACAAAUCGAACAAGUGGCACAUUGAUUAUUCGGAGUAUCCAUUAACCUUUUAUCCAGACUAUGUGGACGGUUCCUGUUAUGUGAUUCCAAGAACAUUCAUUAAGCCUUUAUUCCAAAUGUCUUUGAAAACAAGACUGCUCAGUAUGGAGGACGUGUAUGUUACGGGUAUAUUACGCUCAAGAAUAUCAUUACCACUGCGCUAUCAUAAUCGAUUCUCUUUGAAACCAUGCGUUUUUGAUUCAUGU